AGAGAGAGAGAGAGAGAGAGAGAGAGAGAGAGAGAGAGAGAGAGAGAGAGAGAGAGAGAGAGAGAGAGAGAGAGAUCUACCAUUAGUCCUGACAAUGGAGUGAAAUACCAGUGACUCAUUUUUCUGUGUGCGUGUGUGUGUGAGUGCGUGCGCGUGUGCGUGUGUGUGUGUGUGUGUGUGUGUGUGUGUGUGUGUGUGUGUGUGCAUACGCGCGUAUUGUCUGUGUUUCUGUACCUCCAUCCACUUGCACCACCUUCACCACCACUACCACUCCCUGUCCCAACCCAAACAUUUCUCUCACUAUCCAAUCCACCUCACCCGCUCCACCCAACCCACCCACGCCCAUCGCGCGCCACCGCCCACGCACACACGCCCGCGGGAUGAGUGUGGUGGAGGAGGCUGGGCUACUGAAGGCGCGCGCCACCGACUUCUCCAUCGCUGCCAUCAUGGGCGCGGCGGCAAAGAUGACGCCUUCUGCCAGGGAGGGCAAGUUGUCGCGGACGCCCUCGCCGCGGCCCCUCUCUCUGCCUGACGACGACCAGGAGCCGCAGGAAGUGACUUCUUCCUCCGAUGCCUCGAAGGACGACCCAGACAACGCCACGAGUCCCAAGAGCACCACGUCCUCCUCAGACGGACGGGACUCAAAGAGGGCGCGGCUGGAGGGCUCCUGCAACUGUGAGGACCUACGGGGUGUCACUUGCUACCUGGAGACCAAGGAGCUGUGGGAGAAAUUCCACGACCUGGGCACCGAGAUGAUCAUCACCAAGACUGGCAGGCGGAUGUUCCCUACAGUGCGGGCGUCGUUCACGGGUCUGAGGAGCGAGGAGCGGUACCUGGUGCUGCUGGAUAUUGUGCCCGUCGACAAUAAGAGAUACAGGUACGCGUAUCACCGGUCGUCGUGGUUGGUGGCGGGCAAGGCUGACCCGCCGCCUCCUUACCGCCUCUACACCCACCCAGACUCGCCCUACACCGGGGACCAACUUAAGAAGCAGAUUGUCACCUUCGAGAAACUCAAGCUUACCAACAACGAGAUGGACAAACAUGGCCACAUCGUGCUCAACUCAAUGCACCGCUACCAGCCAAGGAUACAUUUGGUGAGGCGGCAGGACGCUGGUCAGGGCCCCAUCUCAGACCUUGACUUGGAGGACCAUAAGACCUUUAUCUUCCCGGAGACUGUCUUCACUGCCGUCACCGCCUACCAGAACCAGCUUAUCACUAAACUCAAGAUCGACAGUAAUCCGUUCGCUAAGGGCUUCAGGGACUCCUCCAGACUCACAGACUUCGAGAGCUGCUCACCCCCACUGACGCUGUCCGUGCCGUGUUGCAGGGAGACGAUGGAGAGCAUGCUGUCGGAGCACCCCUAUCUGCGCAACAACCUGGCUGCCGCCUCCAUGGACGCGCACCUGGGCACCACCUCACACCUCAGCCUGGAGGAGCGGGCCGUCUUCGCUGCCCGGGCACACAUGUUCUUCCGCUCCUCCCACACCUCCACGCCCACCACACCCACCACGUCUCACGCCACCACCUCCUUAGCGCCACACACAUCCUCUUUUCCGUCGCGCGGGCUGCCCUCCGGCGGCCUGGCACCGGGCCUGGGUUCCAGCGUGGGAGGCCUGAGUAACCUGCCUCCCGCCAUCUCACAACUUUAUAACCUGGGGGCGGGAAGGACGGCCUCAGCGCCACCCCAGGUCAACCUACCGCUGCAGCUGUGGUCGCAGUGGGCGGCGCUGCAUGGCCUAAACCAGGUGAACGCCACUCUGCUGGCCCACCACGCCUCUCUUACCGCCGCCGCAGCUGCUAACAACAACACACCAUCAGGCAUCGGGGCCACUUCGAGGGAAAACGGCGGCGCCGCCUCGCAGUCUAGCAGUGGAGGGGGUGGAGAAGGAGGCGUGAGGCUUCCACGUCCCAUCUACCCGCCCCUUGCCCCAGGCCUGCAUCGUUUCGCACCGUACUUCUACCCUAAGGGAAGCUCCUCCCCAACAAACCCUAGGCCUGGUUCUCCUGAGGCCCGACCUCCACCCGAAGGCUCGCCGGGGCAGCCCGCCUGAGCCCGGCCAACGCUCCCACACCCACGGGAUACAGUUGACCCUAGACCUCACCUCACGCCUCCUGGACCUCCUCACGGCAGCCCUGCAAAUACUUUGACGCCUGGACACUCACAUCAGCCCUUCCCAGUGAGGAGCGGUGCAUUCCAGCGUGUCCCUCACCGCAGGCACCCUAGUCCAGGAGCGCCUGAGGGAAGUCACUAGUGGCACGGGGCGUACGUAACGAUGCCUCGCGUUAGGUGUCGGCACAUCCCAAGUAUUGUGGGUGUGGGGGCGUUCAACCUCUCCACAGCAUAGCGGCCAUGGCGGCUCAGGUGCACCUACACGCAGGCACCAGACAGUGGCCCCAUUGAGGCUUGGGAGAGCGACAACAGAAACGGCCGUCGCGUGCCUCCUAUUAGCAGGCGGUGGAACUGCAGGUGCUUGCGCCAGGCCCAACUAGUAACACAAACCUAGAUUUCAGUGUUAAAUCUAGCCUUUGUGACACGGCCUCUUAUGGCAAUCCAGGUCACACCUCUGGUCACGGAGGUGCGGUCACGGCUGUCGACUGUUCACACCCUGAAAACCCUAGUGUCCCUGAACUGUAUUUGUAUGUGUGCGUGGCUGCGGGCACGUUCUACCUGCACUCAGUAUCAUCCUCGCAACAUUUUAGCUGUUUAGUCUUGGAGGCUCAGGAGCAGUAAGAGCCUUCUCGUCGUCAGCGGCAGCACAAGAAGAGUUAUAGUGUUCGCAUAUACCUGUACCUAGACAGUACUGCCUUUAGUCCACCUGGAACUCACCUGGGUUCUUUCAUUCCACAUUCCAUAGGUUUACACGGUGUUUUGUCAGUGACGUGCGGACUAAUUAGUGCUGUAACAAUAAAAAAAAACCUGAAGUGAUACACAACAAUACAAGUGCACUGUACUAAACAGGACAAUAUUUUGUGCACUAAUAAAGAAAUCAUAAUAAAAACGUAAAAAAAAUGAAUAAAAUCUCACAGACUAUAUCUCUUCUACACACUCUCUCUCUCUCUCUCUCUCUCUCUCUCUCUCUCUCUCUCUCUCUCUCUCUCUCUCCUCCUUACAUCCCUCAUUGGGGAGACUGUUCUGUGCAGAAAGACAAUGAGGAAGCAAAAGUGAGGAAGUGUGAGAGAGGGAAAGAGAGGGAGAGAGAGAUGGGGAGUGGAGAAGCAUAAGAUGACACAAGCGUUGAAAAAAAAAAAAAAAGCAAAGUAUCACGAGUGCCAAAAUUCAAAGAAAAAAGUUAUUGAAAUUAAUUUGACAUUGAGAUUGAUUCUAAAAUUCUGUAAAGUCACACACGCAAAAAAAAAAAAAAAAAAAAAAAAAAGAAAAAAAAGAGAGAUUUGAACGUGAUUUACUUAGAAUAUUCUUUCCUCCUUUACUUCUUUAUUCUUCUUUCCCGCAAGACACCCGCACGCACCCACGAUAGACGUAAUGGUAAAGCACUGAAGAGAAGGGAAAUCAAAUCUAGGAAUUGUGUACAUUUAAUUAAUUCGUGUAGGUGAGACAGGUAAGAACAGAUUGAAGCAGGUAACGAUAGGUAAGUCUCUCUCUCUCUCUCUCUCUCUCUCUCUCUCUCUCUCUCACACACACAGAAAAGUUUACUAUGGAUAUAAAAAUAGUUCUUAACCUGAUUUCAAUUUUUUGCCAAUGAUUUGAAACCUUUACUUCGCACCUAAGACACGGCAACUUCCUUAUCGUAGCUUGUUGUUUAUUUAACCAGCAAAGGUCCCUCAAUGUAAUCUAGACUAUUUUUAACUAAUCACCACCAACUUUAUUUGUAUUUGUCAAUCUUGUUCCAUCAGAGCUAAGAAUGUGACUUGAGUAUAUCACGACCUGCUUAGACUUAUUCCUAUUGUUAUGGCCGCCUAGCUUCCCACUCCCACUGCCAGCACCCGAGAGAGAGAGAGAGAGAGAGAGAGAGAGAGAGAGAGAGAGAGAGAGAGAGAGAGAGAGAGAGAGAGAGAGAGAGAGAGAGAGAGAGAGAGAGAGAGAGAGAGAGAGAGAGAGAGAGAGAGAGAGAGAGAGAGAGACUACGUACAUGUUUCUAUGUAGCUGUUUGUAUAUAUACUAGGCCGUAAGUCGAAAUGAAAUAUUAGUUACAUUACUACUACUACUACUACUACUACUACUACUACUACUAUUACUACUACUAAUAAUAAUAAGAUAAAUGAAUAAAUAAUAAAAAAUAAUAUUAACAUUAAUAAUAAUAUUAGUAAUAAGAAUAAUAAUACUUGGUGGUUCAGAAUAGUUUUGUAUAGACCUCAGUAAUGUGUGUGUGUGUGUGUGUGUGUGUGUGUGUGUGUGUGUGUGUGUGUGUGUGUGUGUGUGUGUGUGUGUGUGUGUGUGUGUGUGUGUGUGUGUGUUGACGUGUGAGCGGCUGCGGUUCGCCUGACGCAUUGCCGCAUGUCACUUGUUUUUUUCCUCUACUUUACUACUCCCAUAAUAAAGAAAAGAACACAAA